AUGUCAGCAUCAGCCGUCGAGGAUUCCAGCUCCAUGAAAGAGGUUGAGCAACAUGAUCCACAUCCUGUCGACAAACCAUCAAGUCCUCAUAAAAAAUGGAAAAAGGCAGCCCUCUCCUUCAUCGACGACCAGUGGUUUCUGAUAUCCAUGGGCCUUGUAAUCGCCAUAGCCUCUCAAGUCCAAGUUCCCUCCUCUCAACAAGAAGUCAAGUCCACAACAGUCUCCUAUCUCUGCGUCAGUCUCAUCUUCCUUGCCACCGGAUGCACUCUAGACACCAAAGUCCUCCUCCGCAAUGCAUCGCGCUGGAAAGCACACCUCUGGGUGCAAGGAAAUUGCUUUUUGACAUGCUCUGCAUUGAUGUUUGGACUCGUCUCAGCGACAGCCACAAGCAAGCAUUUUAUGGAUCCAGGACUCCUCAUCGGCCUGGUUUUUCUGAGUUGCGUUCCGACGACGAUAGCCAGCAAUGUCGUUAUGACGGGCCAAGCGCGUGGAAAUACCGAGCUUACAGUCGUGCAGACCAGUAUAGGGAACUUCAUCGGAGUUUUCCUCUCUCCUGCUUUGGUUGUGAUGUAUACCACGGUCGAUACAUGGUACAACUCGGUUCUCCCUCCCAGUAGCACGGAUCAGUUCCCGCAGAUAUACCGGCGAGUGCUCAUGCAGCUCGGUCUGUCCAUCUACGUUCCGCUUCUCGUUGGCCAAGUCAUUCGAUACUUCUUCGAGAAUGCUUGCAGUACCGUCUUCCGAAAAUGGAAGUUCAACAAAAUCGGUUCUCUCUGCAUGCUGGUCAUUAUCUGGUCAACAUAUGAUCAAGCAUUUCACUCAAACGCCUUUGCGAAUGUGAAAUCGAGCAAUCUUGUUUUCGUGGUCUUUGUCCUGCUAGGCAUGUGGAUGUUAUACUUCAGUAUCGCCUUCUUCAUAUCGAACCUUUGGUUUCCGAGGAGAGAUGUCAUUUCCAUCACAUACUGUGUUGCGGCCAAAGGUCCGGCUUUUGGUGUUCCCUUGUCGAAUGCCAUCUUUGCUGGCAUUGAUCUUGAGCUGGAGAGUAAGAUACAGGUGCCAAUUGUAAUCUAUGCCGCGCUGCAAAUGGCAUUUGGGAGCAUAUUAGUAGUGAUCUUCCGAAAGUGGAUGCAGAGCGUAGAGAGGGGGAGAACCCAGCGAAUGCUAGAAUUGCAGCAAGCAGAACAGAGAGAGUAA